CCGUCACCGGAUGAGCCCCGUUCCCUUCCUCCUCUCGGCCGGGUUGGUGUGUCUUCCUUCCGGCUUGCUGAAGAAAGUUGAGGGAGGUUCAGCAGUAACUGGGCUUUUUCAUAAUGGAUAGUCAGGGAAGGAAAGUGGUGGUCUGUGACAAUGGAACCGGGUUUGUCAAGUGUGGCUAUGCAGGCUCCAACUUCCCAGAGCACAUCUUCCCUGCACUUGUUGGGAGGCCCAUCAUCCGCUCCACAGCCAAAGUGGGAAACAUUGAAAUCAAGGACCUUAUGGUUGGGGAUGAAGCCAGUGAGUUGCGCUCGAUGUUGGAGGUCAACUACCCCAUGGAGAACGGCAUCGUUAGGAACUGGGAUGACAUGAAGCACCUGUGGGACUACACCUUUGGCCCGGAGAAGCUCAACAUUGACUCUCGCAACUGCAAGAUCCUGUUGACGGAGCCCCCCAUGAACCCUACUAAGAACCGUGAAAAAAUCAUUGAGGUUAUGUUUGAGACCUACCAGUUUUCAGGAGUCUACAUUGCUAUUCAAGCUGUGCUGACCCUGUAUGCCCAAGGACUUCUGACUGGUGUAGUGGUGGACUCUGGGGAUGGUGUGACACACAUCUGUCCAGUUUAUGAAGGAUUCAGCCUGCCCCACCUGACGAGACGCCUGGACAUUGCAGGCAGGGACAUCACUCGCUACCUCAUCAAGUUGUUGUUGUUGAGGGGUUAUGCCUUCAACCACUCUGCCGACUUUGAGACCGUGCGCAUGAUGAAGGAGAAGCUGUGCUACGUAGGCUACAACAUCGAGCAGGAGCAGAAGCUGGCGCUGGAGACCACUGUGCUGGUGGAAUCAUACACGCUGCCAGAUGGCCGUGUGAUCAAGGUGGGAGGAGAGCGGUUUGAGGCCCCGGAGGCUCUGUUCCAGCCGCACCUCAUCAACGUGGAGGGUGUCGGAGUGGCCGAGCUCCUCUUCAACACCAUCCAGGCGGCCGACAUAGACACCAGGCCUGAAUUCUACAAACACAUCGUGUUGUCAGGAGGAUCCACCAUGUACCCAGGCCUGCCUUCUCGCCUGGAGAGGGAACUCAAGCAGCUGUACCUGGAGCGUGUGCUGAAGGGAGACGUGGACAAGCUUUCGAAAUUUAAGAUCCGCAUUGAGGAUCCUCCCAGGCGAAAGCACAUGGUGUUCCUGGGCGGUGCCGUGCUGGCCGACAUCAUGAAGGACAAGGACAACUUCUGGCUGACCCGAGAGGAGUACCAGGAGAAAGGAGUCCGCGUGCUGGAAAAACUGGGAGUCACCGUCAGAUAAAGCUCUGAACGGACACAACCAAGCAUACACACACACACGGUCGAAUACAUACAUACAUACACACACACACACACGCACGCACGCAUACAUGACUCGCACACAUUUCCCUCUUUGCCCCAUCGCAGAGUAUAUAUCUAUUUAUCCCUCUACUUUUCUUUAUCUCUCGGCUCUCGCUUCUCCUCAAACAUCCUAAGAGAACCGAGCCGUCGCCUCCUCUCUCCCCUUUCAGCCUCUCUUCUCACUGGGUUUGGGAUUGGCUCACACUUUUCCUCGCAAAGCCCCGAUUUCCACUUUACCCUCUUUCUUUUAAAUAAAAAUGAAAGGGUUAAUAUUGCCCUGCUGGAGUGUUUUGGAGCCUGAGUUGAGUUCUAGUAGUGACGGUUAAAACCAGUGUUGACGCAAAUGCUGCAUGUCUUACCUGCAGUUGUGUCUGACGGGAAUUAGCUUAGGCAGAUGAAGCCACCAGCCUUUCAGAAACACGGGGGGAGAGGAGAGUGAAAAUGAUGCACACGUUUUUAAGAAACUCGUGAGCGUCUUUGAUAUCAGGAUCCACCACAAACAGCCACGGGCCACUUUCAGCUACUGUUCCAGGUGAGCGAGAACUGAUCACGCUUUAUGUCGGUUUUUAUAAAUGAUAUCACAACUUUUCUGUACUGGGAGAGGGAUUCUCUUUUUUUUUCUUCUUUCUUUCUUUUUUGUUGGAUGUUUGUGUUCAUUUAUAUCUUUAAAUCAGAUUUUUUUUUCCCUUCAUUGCCUUUAUUUUUUCCUCCUUUCUUGCUGUGCACUACUACCAUUGUAAAUGGGGUGUAUAGUGGUAACAGAAGUUCCUCCACGUUUUUAUGAAGAAUUGAUGAUUGAUUGAUAAAGGGACAAAUAGGUGGAGUAAAAACCCCUGCGUUGGACAUCAGUUGUGUGACGGUACUUCAGGGUUUGUGUUUGGUGUGUGUGGGGGGCGGGGUUAUUAUUUGUUCCUCAUCAGACAGCCUUGCGUCUGCCUCCUCUCUGGGUGUAAAUCUUGAGCUGAAUGAGUAGGUGUGAGCAGUUGUAGCAAUAUAGUACCUCUCCUGUCACAUUUCCUUCAGAUCCACCGAAGCAUGGAGGCAGCCACAUGCUGACAAUGAGAGCUUGAAUCUGGGGCACUGACAAAGUAAAACGGUAUUUUUUGUUUUUCAUUGAAGUUAAAAUGCUGUUGAGACCAUAUUUAAGUUCUCCAGUGUUUCACUCCCAACGGCCGACUUAAUGAUUACUGGAGGCACUUCUAUUUUGAGUAUGAUAAAUAUGUAUAUUUUUUUUUUCCUCUUUCCAUGAACAUCUAUCCAGUGCCAAGUGCAGUUAAUGUUAACUGGAUCUCUCAUGUUUUAAUGUCUUUCGUCACUGUUUUUGUUUUAUUUUCCUGUGUUGUUCAUAGCAUAACUGCCUAACGCUGAUUUAAAUAAAGAAAAGUGAUUUAUAAG